AUGGCUGAGUCACCGACGUUAUCCAUUGUCGACUAUGUCGUAAUUGCAGCAACGUUGGCCGUGCCGGUCGGAAUGGGUGUCUGUCUUGCCAUUAAAGGAAGGAAGAGAAAUACCAAAGAAGAAUAUCUUCUCGGAGGAAGGAAACUGCACGUGCUUCCUGUUACGUUGUCGUUGUUUGUAACAUUCAUGUCGUCCACGUCACUUAUAGGAAUGCCAGCAGAGACGUUCACGACGGGAAUUAAUUUUGUGCUCUACGUGAUCGCUAUUGCUCUGAGCUACGUCAUAGGAAUAUUCACUAUCGUCCCCAUCAUGCACUCUCUGCAGGUGACCAGCAUGUACGAGUAUUUCCGCCUGCGCUUCCAGUCUCCCUUUCUCUGGCUCUUCGUGACAGUUGUCGGAAUGUUUCAGAAGAUCGUUUUCACCGCCGUAGUUUUGCUGUCACCUGCAUUAUCAAUUCAAACAGCUACAGGUUUACCAUUUUGGGUGUCGGUCGUCAUUGUCGGAUUAGUUGGAAUCGUGUACACGUCACUGGGCGGAAUCCGAGGGGUGGUCCUCGUUGAUGUCUUUCAGGCAGCCAUCAUCAUGCUUGGUAUAUUCUUCGUGCUCGUGAAGGGUGUUCAUGAAGUUGGAGGUCUGGACACAACAUGGACCUUGGCGAAGGAAGGAGGCAGAAUUCCACCUGUCGACUUCGACCCUGAUCCCCGUGUCCGCCAUUCCUUCUGGGCCCUUACUUUGGGUGGACUGUUCACGUUCUUUGGCUACACAUUCGACCAGUCUGCCAUUCAGAGGAUCUGUGCAAUACCUAAAAUGUCUGGAGCCAAAACUGUGUACGCUCUCAACAUAUUCAUCGUCAGUACCUACAUCAUAUGUGUGUGCUUUAUGGGAAUCGUAGCUUACAGUUACUUUGCGACGAUAGGGUGUGACCCCUUCAAAGCCGGUAUACUAACAAAUAACAAUCAGCGAAAGUAA